UUUUUUUUGACAUGACACUUGAUUUCCCCUCUCACUCUUACUGCCACACUUCCCUCUUCCCCCCCCCCCUCCUCUCGUCCCACAUGAACCACCAAAUGUAUUAAAAGCCCAGAUCUUCUCCCCGUCUUCGAUUCCCUUCUUUUCUACCACGAACCAACAAGUCAGAGAGACACACAUACACACCCUUCCCCCCCGUCUGUGUUCGUUUUGUCUGCACGUGUGACUCGACACUACAACAUGAACCCCUCCGACCCUUCGGAGACGGUUGAGGUCGCCAAAGCGACGGCCAACCUUCAUGAUGCCCAUCUGAAUGAAAAAAGGGCCUCCUCCAUGGAUAAGGACUUGGCCAUCACGCCGAGUAUAGAAGAAGUCCCGGCGACCCAAAUUGUUGGCGCAACCACCGAGGAUACCGAUCUGCAAAAGACCUAUCCCACCGACGAGGAACUGAAAACCCUGCGUCGAGUGUGUGGACAAAUCCCAUGGACCGCAUACACCGUGGCGUUUGUGGAACUGUGCGAGCGAUUCUCCUACUAUGGAACGACGGCGGUUUUCGUCAACUUUAUCCAGCGUCCCAUGCCGGAAGGCUCCUCCACCGGUGCUACCUAUGAUAAUUCACGAGUGCCGGGAGCCCUGGACAUGGGCCAACAGGCCUCCACGGGUCUGACCUUGUUCAAUUCCUUCUGGUCCUACAUCAUGCCCACGUUCGGAGCAUUCCUGGCCGAUCAGUACUGGGGUCGAUUCCGCACCAUCAUGUACUCUAUCGCGGCCGCUUUGCUCGGCCAUUUGAUUCUGGUUAUCUCUGCCAUUCCCAACGUGAUCUCCCAUCCCCAGGGCGCGAUCGCCUGUUUUUCGAUCGGUCUGAUCAUCAUGGGCAUGGGAACGGGCGGUUUCAAAUCGAACAUUUCACCUCUCAUCGCGGAGCAAUAUCGCGAGGAAUAUCCAUAUAUCAAGACCCUUCCUUCCGGGGAGCGGGUGAUCGUGGAUCCAGCCAUCACCGUUCAGCGCAUCUACCUGUACUACUACUUGACGGUCAACAUCGGUUCCAUCACCGGCCAGGUGAGCAUGGUCUAUGCCGAGAGAUAUGUUGGGUUUUGGCUGUCGUACUUUCUCCCGACAUGCUUGUUUCUGUGGUGCCCGACGGUGCUGUUCUUUUGCCGGAACAAGUACUACCGGGUGCAGCCACAAGGCUCCGUCUACGGGCAGGCGUUCCGACUCUGGAAACUGGCGAUGAAGGGGCGGUGGUCGUUGAACCCGGUUCGGCUGUUCAAACGGAAUGAUAAGCCCUUCUGGGAGCCAGUCAAGCCAAGUGUUUUGGGCCCGAAUCGGCCUCAGUGGAUGACUUUCGACGACGAAUGGGUCGACGAAGUUGCUCGUGGGCUGAAGGCGUGCAAAGUGUUUCUGUGGUACCCGCUGUUCUGGCUCGCCUACAACCAGAUGUUAAACAACCUGACAUCCCAAGCGGCCACCAUGCACCUCGGUGGCGUCCCCAACGACAUCAUCAAUAACCUCAACCCUCUUGCCCUCAUCAUUUGCAUUCCUAUUUUUGAUCGAGUCAUCUACCCGGGUCUGCGCCACCUGGGAUUCAACUUUACGCCCAUCAAGAGAAUCACGUGUGGGUUUGUGGUCGCCGGCUGCUCCAUGAUCGCCGCCACGGUGAUCCAACACUACAUUUACGUGAAAGGCCCCUGCGGCAAAGAGGCCAACUACUGUCUCGAUGAAUAUGGAAAGUAUUCGCCCAUCUCCGUCUGGACCCAGGCGAUUAUCUACAUUCUCGGGGGUAUUUCGGAGAUCUUUGCCUCCAUCACCUCCCUCGAGUAUGCCUUCACCAAGGCUCCCAAGAACAUGCGAUCGAUCGUGCAGGCCGUCGCACUCUUCAUGAACGCCUUCUCCUCGGCCAUCGGCCAGGCCUUCGUUGGCUUGUCGAAGGAUCCCCUGCUGGUGUAUAACUAUAUGGUGGUGACGAUCCUGGCCUUUAUCGGGGCCAUUGGAUUCUGGUUGAGCAACUAUAAGCUGGAUCGGAGGGAAGACGAGUUGAACAACCUGCCACAGAGCAAGUAUACCGAAUCGAGUGGCGUGAAUUUGGACGAGGAGAAUGCCCGGAAGUAAGCGGACGGACCGGUGCGCGAUAUACCCUGUGACGCGGAGAUGUAAUGUGAUGCUCGUUUAUGUAACUUACUUUUUUCAACGAUGUUCGGUGCACUGACGCCUCUCCACUUGGAUUCUGAUAAUUCCCCGUAAGCCGUAUUUUCUUGACCGUCCAUAUGUCGGGGGGCGCAGUAAUCAGCGGUUCCGACCUCAACAUCGUCCCUUGCUGCCAAGCUUCCAAGGUGUUGGGGGUGGGUGGGAGAAAGGGUUGAACGCGAUUUUGCG